AUGCUCCGUGAUCCACGCCAAUUGGAAGGCAAAGCGACGUCGAGCAACGAAAUGGACACGUCGCCUCAGCAACCAAUCUUUGCAGCUACGGGACAGCUUGAAGAUCCCGUUGUAUUUCUUCCAGAGGAAAGAGCCAGUCGUGUAGAUGGUUAUAGGGAUGCCACAUGCCUUAUUGACAGCAUGCUCGCGUCAGGCUCAAAGCAGACCUACUCCCUCUCCAGUUUGCCAGAUGAGCUUGCAACUGGGCUGUUGGGGGCCGCUGCCUCUGCCGGUCACGUGCAAGUUGUGGCCCUGGCCCUGGCUCUGGGUGCAUCGGGCAUGGAUAAGGCCCUUGUGGCCGCCAGCGCGGAAGGCCAAGUUCAGGUGGUGUGGCUGCUGCUGGCUCGGGGUGCGGACCCCAACGCCGUGUCCGGCUCCUUAGCGCCAUCGGCGCUAUUCAAGGCUGUGCAAAAUGGCCACACAAACGUAGUCAAGCUGCUUUUGGAGGCAGGGACGCAAGUUGACGGGCCCUGCAUCGCUGUGCCGUUGUUCAAGGGCCGGUCGUACGCCGCUACCGUACUCCGUUUCGGUGCACCGGCAUCUGCCGCCGCCAACCAGCCGCUGCAAGCUUACGCCCUGCGUCAGUGGCCGACUGUCGCAAGCUUGGACAGGUCUUGGCAUUUCGGAGCGGCGAAUGACGGCAUGCAGCCGCUUCAGAUGCCUGCGACCAGGACCGCUGUCACGACAGCUCCAGCGGCGGCUCCAGAUCCGAGUCCACCGUCACGGCGAGGCGCGCUGCAGCCGCAUGUAGCCCUCGGGACCGUCACUAGCAGCAAAAUCUAUGGCGUGGACGAGCCGGGCAAGCCAGCAUUCAAUGAUCUGAAAGCCUCAUCAUCACAGUCAACUGCUGCCGUCACCUCCAGGGCCGACUGUAUGACUGCGGCGGCCUCCAGCACUGCCGCCACUGUCGCCAACGCAUCGGCCUGCACUUCCUCCUCCGCCUCCUCCUCCUCCUCCUCCUCCCUGGUGUGCUGUGAGAUGCUCGCUUACGAUGAUGCUUUCCCCGUCACUGUUCCCGCUGCCAUUGCUGCUGUGCCAGUGCCAGCAGUAGUACCGUCACCCUUCUCCACUGUCGUCGCCAGCAGCACCACUACCGUUCGCGUGCCAACAAGCACCGUCGUGUCCGGCUGGGACAGCGAUGAAGAUGAUGAGGAUCAUGACAUUGACGAACAGAAGGUCAACGACGGCGCCAGCGGUGGUGAUGGCCCCAGCCACGACUUCCAGCUGUGUUUUAGCGCUCGAGUCGAUGACAGCGGUCCUGGGGCCGCACCCUCCCCCCAAACACCUGAACAGAACCGGCGCGAUAGUCACCAGCGGACCCCGCCGCCGCGCUGCCGGAAGCCGCCGCUGCCCCCGCUGCCACCACGACCACCGCGGCCACCAAGGCGCCGGCUGCUAGUAUCUACACCGCUUCCGCCCCUUCCGCCGCUUCCUCCACUGCCGCCGCUUCCGCCGCCAAGCGCUGUGAUGCCGCCGCUUCCACCGCUCCCGCAGCUACUGCCGCCGAGCUGCCGGCACGGUGGCACGAUCUCACUGCUGUUGGCAGCGUGCCGUUGCGGUCACUCCGCUGCCGCCGCGCUGCUGCUCCGCCAUGGCGCCAAGGUGGACCGUGAGGGCGGUUCAGAGCUGCUCCAAGCCGGACACCCGCAGGUUGUGGAUGAGCUCCUCCACAUGGUACCAGACCUCCGUGUUCAUCUGGACCAAGCGCUCGUCGCCGCGGCCAGCGACAACCGCGUGGCUGUGGUUUCGGCUCUGCUGCGCCAGGGCGCGGAUCGCCAUGGCGGCGAGUCACGAGCUCAUCCACAGCCGCAACCCUGUGCACCUGGCGACGGCGUGGAUGUUCCUUGCGCUGUACUGGUGGUACCCGUACUACAGCACCACCUGCACGUCUGCACCCCCCCCGACUACACAUGCGCCCCCAAAGGCCAAGACUUCUAUUCGUUCUUUUUGCCGUACUACGCCGGCAGCUACAAGGAGGCCUGGCAUCUGGCGGUUCAGGAGUGCAACCGGGCAGGCAAGUCGAAAUUCAGCCCCCAUAACAGGCGACAUUUUAAGCUGAAACUGGAGGGAUACAGAUGGCUGGUUGGCGCUGAUGUAGGAGGUCAUGGGUUGGGGGUCGAGGGGGACAAGAACCAGAAGAUUCUGGAGGCUUAG